AUGCCACGACUAAAUCCCCUUCCACUCUCUGAAGAGUGGACGGAUCCCGAUGCCUAUGUCGACGCCCUCCUUACGUUCGCUACCUCAUCUGACAUGUUUCGUCACCUCUGUGGGGGAGUGCAUAUACUAGACUUUCUGACGCGCGAGCCGGAUCUAUACACAUCGCUUUUGCCGGAAGAAUGGAGGGCAUUCUUCGACAAGCAUGAUGUCCAGGAUAUUAUACAUUUAGUUUUACGGGAGGACAUCGCGUCACUACUAAAAAAGUGUCGCGAAGGGGAUCAGGAUGGAGGCAAGGAAUGGAGAGGGGCUGCGUUUCCUCCGGCCGAUUUUUUGGAAUACAUUUAUCAAAUUCGAAGACUCAGCCUCAAGAGGGAUUUUAAUCCUCCCCAACCUGGAAAGCCAACUAUACCGAGACGGAUUGCUGUGGGUAUGAAUGUGAAGAAGUAUCAUGAAGUGGCGCAUUUCUCAAGAUACGUGGAUUCCUUAUGCACCAUUGUAGACGAGCAGCGGGGCGACAACCUGACACAUAUUGUGGAUUUUGGGUCAGGCCAGAGCUAUCUUGGACGAACGCUUGCUAGCCCGCCUUACAACAGACACAUUGUUGCCAUCGAGCGGAAACACCAGUUUAUCAAGGGCGCGAAGGGUAUGGAUAUCCAUGCCCAAUUGACAGAGAAGAAAGAGAUAAGGAUGUAUAACGCCAAAAAGAAAUGCAAAGAUUGUGAAGAACCUCAGAGUACUGGAACAGCGAAAUUGGAUACCAACGAGGCAGGAGAAGUGAUAAACAUGUCUGGAAAUGACUUUGCGUGGACCGCCGAGGAUGACCAGGAUGUUGCCAUAGUCAAUGUCUUCCGGGAUAUCAGUCUUACACCUGAUGAAAUUGGAGCCGCUCCUUUCCGUAACGGCCCCAAGGUCGUGAAGGAAAAGGUAGUAGAUGACAUUCAGCCGAGAGGUAUAAUGGAUUAUAUUGAACACGAAAUCAAGGAUGGAUAUUUGGAACCAAUUAUUAAAGACGUGAUUGAAUCCGCAUCAUCUAAGACUCAGGAGGACUCUACUACUGCAGUCGACAAGAGUGACGAUAAUGAGCCGCCAGAGGCAAGGGUAAUGGUCAUUUCCUUACAUUCGUGUGGAAAUCUUCUCCAUCACGGCGUGCGGUCAUUGGUUUUGAAUCCGUCAGUCAAAGCUAUCGCUAUGAUCGGCUGCUGUUACAAUUUGGUGACGGAGAGGCUCGGCCCUGCUACUUAUAAACUUCCUAUUCUCCGCUCCACGCACCCCCGUCUCACCCGCGAUGCCGUCGCAUAUGAUCCGCACGGCUUUCCCAUGUCCAAACGACUGGAAGACUUUGAACAUGACAGCGGGACAGGUGUGAAAUUAAACAUCACUGCGAGAUCGAUGUCUCUACAGGCCCCCUACAAUUGGGGCAGAGAUGACAGUGAGAAUUUCUUUACCCGCCAUUUUUAUCGGACUCUGCUCCAGCGCAUCUUGGUAGAUCGUAACGUCCUGGAGAAGCCCGCGACGCCAAAAGAUCUAUAUGGACCAGACGAGCUUGGUUCCGAAAAGGCGGGAAAUCAUCUGGUUGUUGGCUCUCUGCGAAAAGCGGCUUUUACCUCAUUUUCAGCAUACUUUCACGCUGCAGUAGCGAGGCUAGGUCGAGACGCACAUUUUGGCGAACGAGUUAAGGCCAGAAUGGCCGAUAUUACCGAGGAUGAUUUGAUUCGCUACGUGGAUGAAUAUUGGCACGCAAAGAAAAAACUCAGUGUGCUGUGGACUCUGAUGGCUUUUAGCUCCGCCUUAGUCGAAGCUAUUAUUGUUGUCGAUCGCUGGCAGUUCUUGCGCGAGUACGGUUGCGUCCAAGACUGCUGGGUCGAGCCUGUGUUCGAGUACGGCGAAAGUCCAAGAAACUUGGCUGUUAUCGGGGUCAAGAAAUGA